UGGUCCGGAGCGGUUCGCGUGCUGUUUGUUUUCGGAAAUGACCGUUCAGCUUUUGACAAGCGGGCGGGCAGAAUAAAAAACAAAACAAGAAAGAAAAAAAAAGAAGUCAGGUAGCGGCUUAUUUGUUCUGUAGAAUAUGGAGAGUGCUGGAGAGGAAGCUGGGAGCCGGCUGGAUGGUAACGGUGGAGACAGCAGCCAAAACUCAGCUCAGAGUGCUCAGGAAGCAUCUCCUCAUGGCAAAAGCAGACCUGGAGCAGCAAGAGCCCGCUGGAAACUGCUGGGACAGGCUCUGAGGAAGAAAUGCUUGGAUGGGGACAAUCUGCACAAAGUGUCAGUCAGAAGGUUUAAUUCAUUUCAACUUUUCUCAAUUAUCGAAUUAACAAAGGAGGAAAUGGAAGAGAAGCAGCACACGUGGCUUCAGUACACUAGUAUAUUCUUUCCCGAGUACAGUGUUUGUUUAAGGCACAACGCUGGAGCUUUAAAUGUUUCCGACAUCCUGACAAGUUUUGACAAUACAGGAAAUGUGUGUAUCUGGCCCUCGGAAGAGGUACUGGCCCACUACUGCCUGAAACACAAAGACAUGUUCAGGGACCUUGCUGUUUGUGAGCUAGGGGGUGGCAUGACAUGCUUGGCUGGUCUCAUGGUCGCUGUUUAUGCAGAAGCCAAAGAAGUCCUGUUAACUGAUGGCAACGAAAAGGCCGUUAACAAUGUGUCACACAUUAUAAAGAGACGUGAGAACGCGGAGGCUUUCAGUGGCUGUGCUGUAUCCACUAGCGUUUUACGAUGGGAUAAUGAGACAGAUGUCUCUCAACUGGAAGGACAUUUUGACAUUGUUAUGUGUGCUGACUGCCUGUUUCUGGACCAGUACAGAGUCUGCCUUGUUGAUGCAAUAAAGAGAUUACUCCAGCCCAGUGGGAAAGCUCUGGUAUUUGCUCCACCAAGAGGGAACACUUUAAACCAGUUUUGCAAUCUAGCAGAGGCGGCUGGCUUUUGUAUCCAGAGACAUGAAAAUUAUGAUGAGCACAUUUCCGACUUCCACUCCAAGAUUAAGGAAGAAGACAAUGGCGUUUAUGACACAAACAUCCAUUAUCCAAUUCUUCUUAUUCUCACUAAGUCAAGAUAGUGAAGAUCUUAAGAGGUGGAACGAGUCGCUUACUUUUUACCCACAUAAUAAUUUAUAGCUGUAAUGUGCAUUCAACAUCUUUUGUUUACACAUUUAAUAAAAUGAUCCUACAGUG